UAAUAAAAACAUGAAUCUCUUGAUUUGAUAUCGGAUUAAACGUAUCUAUUAUGUAUUGUAAUUUGUACGUUUGCUACUCGGAGGAAAUAAUUGGCAAAUAAAACAAUCUAUCAAAUCAAAAAGUAAAAGUAUAAUUCACAAAAAACAAUAACUUUAAGUAGUAAAAAAAUUAUUGACGAAUGGAUGAUCACAUAGGAAAAGCUGACUUAAAAAUGAAUGCCAACGAACUGCUUGCUUUUCAAAAAGAAUUAAAGCAAGAACAGGAUCUUCUUAAAAAAAUAUUAUCAAAGAUAGAUAACCAAGUGCAUAGUCUACAGGUAGAACAACUUCAUUUACUGGGAUUAAUUAACAAAUCAUUGAAGGAUUCAGAAGAACAAUCACCAUUACACGAAUCCGAAGACAACAUGCAAGACUCUGCAAAUAAAUCUUUAGACUUAUCCAUAGCAUCAAACUUUAAAUAUUUCCAAGAAGAACACGACGACGACGAAGACGACGACGAUGACGAUGAUAGUUAACAGAAUUAAAUAUUUGUAUUUUAUUAAAGCUCAUUUUGUCGAAACAAUGAAACCUGAUCUUAAUAUAUCGAU